UUUUAGCUGAAAAUUGAGCAGGAUGAAAGUUACAACGCCUGAGAUAUCUUGGCACGAGCGUGAUCCUAUUUAUAGUGUAGAUGUACAGCCAGGUAACAGACCAGUGAGAAGACUGGUUUCUGGUGGUGUUGACAAAUUUGUUAGAAUAUGGCAGAUUAAAGAAGAUUUGGAUGGUAAAGCGUGUGUGGAGUUUCUAGCCAACCUGAAGAGACACACAAAGGCUGUAAAUGUCUGCAGAUUCUCUCCUGAUGGUGAUGUCUUGGCCACAGCUGGAGAUGACAGUGUGAUUAUAUUUUGGAAGUUAAGUGAAACAUGCUCGGUGAACAAUAUAUUCCAAGAAGAUGAGGAGGAUAAUAAAGAAAACUGGGGCAUGCUGAAAGUUCUCAGGGGUCAUCUGGAGGAUAUCUAUGAUAUUUGUUGGUCAGCGGAUGGAAAGUAUAUGAUAUCUGGGUCAGUAGAUAAUAGUGCCAUACUGUGGGAUCUUACUAAAGAUCAAAAGAUGGGAAUUUUCAAUGAACAUAAAAGUUUUGUACAGGGUGUAGCCUGGGAUCCUAAAAAUGAGUUUGUUGCAACUCUCAGUACAGACAGAUCGUGUAGGAUAUAUAACGUAUCAAGUAGGUCAUGUAUUCACAAUGUACAGAAGAUGGUGUUACCUCCAAAACCUCAAACAACAGAUAGUGAAGAGAACAAGGACACAAAACCGAAGUCUUUCAGGAUGUUUCAUGAUGAUACUAUGCGUUCGUUUUUCCGACGGCUGACAUUUACACCAGAUGGGGAGUUGUUGAUUGUUCCAGCAGGUUGUGUUGAGGCAGACCCUGUCACAAAUGCUACUUUUGUGUUCGCCAGAAAUUGUCUUUCAAAACCAGCUCUAUACCUGCCAAGUCCUGACAAGGUGACUAUAGCUGCCCGAUGUUGUCCUACCAAGUUUCAGUUGAGAAAAGUACCUCGAAAACUGGAACAAGAUAAACAGAGUGAUAAUUUGAAAGAGUGGGAGAAAUACUCCACCCUUUUCUGUUUACCAUACAGACUGGUAUUUGCUGUAGCCACUGAGGACUCAAUCCAGCUGUAUGACACACAACAGGCACAGCCAUUUGGUUUUAUCACAAACAUACAUUAUCACCAGCUCAGUGAUCUGGCAUGGUCAACAGAUGGCCGUACACUUGUUGCCUCGUCUACAGAUGGUUAUUGUACCCUGGCAACAUUUGGGAAAGGUGAACUUGGAGUGCCAUAUGAAGAAUCUAAAAAUGUUGAAGAGGAUGUUGCCAUGGAGACAGAAACUGGAGGUGAUGACCUUCACCUCGUUCUAGAAUCUUCUACUGAUGAUUCAAGGGAGACGACUGAUUCUAGCAAAACUACCUCCCCUGUAGCUAAACCUAAAGCAAUGGAAAUCAAGGUUAAAUCUUCAGACGGAAAACCCAAAAAUAUACAAAUAACUACAAUAAGCUCCCUGCCUGGGAAAACAGAUUCUAACAGUAAUUUAGGUUCACCAAAAGUACCAUCUAUACAGGUAAAAUCUGCCGAUGGAAAACCCAGGAAUGUGCAAAUUACAACAUUAGCAACAUAUACAAGUCCAAAGUCUAAGGGAGUUAACUCGGGAGAACCCAAGAAAACAGAAACCUCGGAGAAGAAAAUUGAAACCCCGGACAAGAAGACAAAAGUUUUGAAAGAGAAAACUGAAAAUAUAACAGACUGUAUUGUGAUUGAUGACGACAGUCAGGAAAAAUGUGAUGAAAUAGCCACCACCCCAAAGACUGGUAGUGUUGCUAAAAAUAAAACAGGAGAUGACAAGAGUACGCCAAAACGUGUACAGCUGACAACAUUGCAACUUUUUAACAGUAAUAGUCAGUCCCCAAAGACAAAUAAAGGAGAAAAAUCUUGAAAUGAAAUUAUUUUAAAUAUUUUUGCAUGUGAUUUGUUGGCUUUUGUAUUUUGUCUUUAAAUUAUCAAUAUUUGAGUUGAUAUUUUUGAAGGAAAUUAUAAAGUGAUGUUUCAAGAAAGUGUCUUAAAACUAUAAAAAAAACAACAAAAAACAGCUGCAAUAUAUUGGACAAAAUGAAAACUAAACUACAUUGUGAUCUAUUUUUUGUAUUCUCCCUGUAGUCUCUCUUAUUUUGACUUCCUUUAUAAAACAUAGUGCUAUACUGAAUCUACAAGAAGGAAGAGGCUGCAGAGAUUACAUUUUCAUAGAGAAAAAAAACAUGGAUAUAUUAGUGAUACGUAAUAGAAGAAAAAAAUGUACAGGUAAACCAGGUAUAUUUAAUGUUAUGUAAACAAGUCCUCAAGAAAUAAAUGUGGCUCAAUUUUUACAGA